UUCUUGUAGUAGGCCAGUGAAGACUGGCAUUUUUCUUUUUGCAACUGUAGCUAAAUUUCUGUAUCCCUCUCCUUCUAUAAAGAUAAACUCGGCAUCUUUUAUGCAUAUAUGUAAUAACUUUAUGGGAUUGUUUCAUACCUUUUGUUAGAGCAAUUGGUGUGCUCUGCUUCUAGUCCGUACCAGUUGGACAAUACCCUUUUUUUUUUUUUUUUUUUGAAUAAUUAUUUCGCAUUUUUGUUGCUCCUGGUACACAUUUUCCUCCUCCACCAUCAAUUGCUCUUUUCAGACAGUGGAUUUCAAGCUGUAAUCACUUUGAGUUUGUUAUUGUAUUACCCCCUUUAUAUUUUCUGGAACUUUCUUGCUGUGUUUGGACUGUCCAACUUAUGCAAACAGCAUAUUAUGGCUUGGCUUCUGAAGAUGGAUGAAGUUAUAGAGUCUGGACUAGUGCAUGACUUUGAUUCAAGCCUCUCUGGGAUUGGACAAGAGUUGGGAGCAGGAGCCUACAGCAUGAGUGAUGUACUUGCACUUCCCAUAUUCAAGCAAGAAGAUGCAAGCCUUCCACCAGAAAAUGAGGCCAAACAUCCUCCGUUCCAAUAUAUAUUAUGCACGGCAACAUCUCCUGCAAUUAAAUUGCAUGAUGAAACUCUAACAUACCUAAACCAAGGCCAGUCUUAUGAAAUCAGAAUGCUUGAUAACAGAGAAAUUGGGAAUUUGCCUGAAAUUACUGGAAAACUGGUAAAGAGUAUUAUAAGAGUUGUAUUUCACGACCGAAGGCUGCAAUAUAUGGAGCAUCAACAAUUAGAGGGUUGGAGGUGGAACCGUCCUGGGGACCGUCUUCUUGAUUUGGAUAUCCCCAUGUCUGUCGGAAUAAUUGAUCCAAGAACAAACCCGGGUCAAUUAAAUGCUGUUGAAUUUCUAUGGGACUUAUCCAAACGCUCAUCUGCAUUUAUUCAGGUGCAUUGUAUCAGUACAGAAUUUACCCCUCGCAAACAUGGAGGUGAAAAAGGUGUUCCAUUCAGAAUUCAAGUUGACACUUUCAAACAAAAUGAAAAUGGAGAAUACACUGAUCACCUGCACUCAGCAAGCUGCCAAAUCAAAGUUUUUAAGCCCAAAGGAGCUGACAGGAAACAAAAAACAGACAGAGAGAAAAUGGAGAAAAGAACCCCUCAGGAGAAGGAAAAAUACCAACCUUCCUAUGAGACCACAAUCUUGACUGAGAUGAGGCUUGAGCCUAUAUUUGAAGAUGCAGUUGAACAUGAGCAGAAAAAGUCCAGCAAGCGGACUUUGCCAGCAGACUGCGGUGAUUCUCUGGCAAAGCGAGGCAGUUGUUCACCGUGGCCAGAUACAGCAUAUGUAAAUACAAGUCCAACUACAACACCUACAUUUACCUCUCCUACUCAACACAGUACCUACAGUGUCCCAGACAGCAACUCCUCUUCACCAAAUCACCAAGGAGAUGCUAUUCCACAAGGGAAUUUUGAACAACUUCAUCCAACUGCUACAAUUCAAGAUGCACAGCAAUGGCUGGUGAGGAACAGGUUUUCCACAUACACAAGACUUUUUUCUAACUUCUCAGGGGCUGAUUUAUUAAGGUUGACCAGAGAGGAUUUAGUUCAAAUUUGUGGUCCUGCUAAUGGAAUUCGUUUAUUCAAUGCUUUGAAAUUACGGAUCAUUCCGCCCCGUUUAACAAUUUAUGUGUGUCAAGAUAUAUCUGGAGGUGCUCCUCUAGAAAGCCAAGCAGAUGGAGACAGUAGGGAAAAUGGAGAUGGACCAGUUCAAGUUUACCAUGCAUUAUAUUUGGAAGAUAUUAAUGCAUCAGAAUUAACCAGUAAGAUGGCUGUGGUUUUUGAUAUUCCUCUUCAUCAAAUAUCCAGUGUUUAUAGACAGGGUCCCACUGGCAUUCAUGUCGUGGUCAGUGAUCAGAUGGUUCAGAAUUUUCAGGAUGAAAGCUGUUUCAUGGUUACAACAUUAAAAGCGGACAGUGGAGAAGGCUUUCACAUAAUUUUGAAAUAGAUCGAUCGUGAACAGCUGAGCUGAGAUAUUGUGCUUAUAACAUUGAUGAAACAAAUAAUCAUUACAGAAGUUAGGAUCUGACUUCAGUUACAAUUCAUUGUUUCAUAUUGAAAACACAUGACAACCUUGGUUAAUACAGAAAGAGGUUACCUUCCCACUAAUUAUGUCUGCAAGGGGAUUUCCCCCAUAAAUGUGUCUCUUCAACCAAGGUUAUACUCACUUCACUUAAAAAGCAAUGGCCAGUAGACCUUAUUGUUUUAAGUGUUGAGAUCUAAAUUGCAUUACACAAUGUCUUUAUUAUGGCAUUUAGAAUGAAUGUAAGUUUAAGAGCUUUGGUGUUUUGCUUAAUACUAUAAUAAGGGCAUUUUGAAAGGUUUGCGAAAUACUGAGAGCUACAGUUAUGAUUGUGGAGCUUCAAAUGAGUACAGUUAAUUAAAAUCCACCUCAGAUAUAUUCAGUAUCACCUUUUUGUGUCUUGCUUUUCAAACAACUUAUUUUGAUCAGUGACUG